AGAAUGAUUAAUCAGUAUAGAAAUGUAAACACAUUACAGGUUUAGUUAAGUAAUUAGCCAGGAUCAUUUGCAUUUUUUUUCUUUUUCAUAUUGUUGCUUUUUUGUAGUGUAGUGAGCUGUAGUGACCAUUGAAACUAAUUAAUAUCCUGUGAGAGCUAAAACACUUAGUCUGACAGGAUAUUGCUUAAUUAAAUUCACCGUUGUUUGUUGUUUAGUAUAAGUGGAACAUUCUAGCAGUGGUGUGGGUAAGCUGGUUGGGGGACUGCAUCAGUUAUGUUAAGGUGGUUGAAGUGUUGCUCCACAGGAAGUAGCUGAGCAAAGCUGAGAGAACUUGCACAGCCAUGGGCGCUUGUUAUCAUCUGCUUCUAGUCUUUCUACUAGCUGGGUUUUGUUCAUCUGAAAAAUCUCCAGUUCGUAUCUUUGCUAACGGGCCAGCUCCAGGCAAACCACAAAAUGUCAGUAAGAAUAAUACAGAAGUUCAAAUGGCAGUCCUUACUGCAACCUACUCCUUCAACAACAAGUCCAAUGAUGCCUUCUUUUUUAAGGCUUCAGCCAUUGAUAAGGCACAAAGACAAAUUGUCAAAGGUAUAAAGUACAUUCUCAAAAUUGAGAUAUCUCGGACUGUGUGUAAGAAGAGAGAGGCUAAUGCUGACCUUGCUAAAUGUGACUUCCAGCCAAAAUAUGAUGCAUUGCAACAGACUUUUCGCUGUAACUUUGAAGUGUGGGCCAUACCAUGGCAGAAGACGAUGAAGACCACAUAUUUCCUUUGCCUUCCUUCAAACAAGUAUUACGAAUAACUAUGCAUCUGAAUGUGCUUUGAAUUUGAGUUAAUUGGCUAAGAAUAAAAUACUCAAUUGGUAUGUAUAAUUGAAACGUACCUUCAAUGAUCAUGCAUAAUGCCUAGUUAUUGUCUGUCCUGAUCAUAUAGUUGGAAUAUAUAGUCUGGUUGUAAUCUUCUGUAAGAGAAAAGCUUAUGCUAGAGCUAUGUUAGGUACUACUAUGUUGGGUAAUAAAGAUCAGUCCGUAGUUUUUUUUUUUUGUGAUUGUUGAGGCCUAAGAUGCUUGAUUGUGCUGUUUUUUGCAGAAAACUUCUUGAAUUGGCUAAAUUGCAAUGGCAUGAAAUUGUUUUGCAUGGACUUUCACAGUGAUGAAAUGAGAAAUUUUAGCUGUAUUCAUGUUCGACACAUGUGAAUUGAAGACUGCUUUUUGCUGAAUGUGUGUUGUGAUGGCAUCACGUGGCAUCUUGGUCCAAAUCUGUGGAAAAUCUGCUGUAAUUUUGAGAAAUCACAAGCUCCCCUGAAUAUUGCAGAGUGUGCUUGAUUUUGCGUUAAUUUCUGCGAUUGCAAAAAUCCUUGAGGGACAGAAAGAGGUUGCUUUAAGAUUCAGUAAUGCAGCUGUUUUUGAAUUGCACUGCAUCCAUCUUUCAUAUUAAGCCAGAUCCUGUGUAGUCUCUAGCUUUAGCCCCACAAUACUGUUCAGCGGAAGAUAUGGACAUGUUAUACAAACAACAGGUACAUUUAUUUAUUUAUUUAUGUAUGUAUGUAUGUAUGUAUGUAUGUAUGUAUUGUACACGCUAUGCAGUAGCUGCUAUGAAUGCUACCACAGACAGUUAAAACAAUUCACUAAUUGGCAUAAGCAUUCAACAGGAAAUUAUUGCUAAUUGCCAUAUCCCUAUUCAGAGCUGAAAUGGUCGGAAGCUCAAACGGAAAGCUUUGCAAACUGAAGCUCAGAGACGCUCAAACAUAUCUAAUGUCAAUUUUGUAAGGUAAAGCAAUGGAUUUGUAAAAUACUGUUUCUUCAUUCCAGUUACAUUUCAGUCCUGCAACUAGAAGUUAUGAAUUUCACAAGUCGUCAUCUGCACUGAUACUUCUGUCGCAAAGUUUUCAAGUAAACCAGCAGCUCUAUUUUAAGGGUCAGAUGACAGUCCAGUGUAAAAUAAAAGAUCACAGUACAAACACUGUGCACCUGCUGUCAUAAGAGCAAAACAAAUAUAGACAUGUCACCUCUUUUAAAUAAAGCAAGCUGACAUCUGCAGGCAUGCCUAUAUAUAUGUAUAUAUCUAUAUCUCUCUCUCUCU